AUCUCCAUUUAUAAGGGCAACGAUUGUGAGAAAUCAACAGAUACACAUCGGGCUUCUCGUGAGUUUGGAUUUCAAAGUUCAACACAAUGACACUUUACUCGUCUGGAAGUCUUUUGAUAAGUCUUUUGUUUAUUAUUACUGUACUGCAGAGAGCCGUCGGUCAACAACCCAAAGAGGUUUGCCUGUUGCAAGUUGAUGAAGGACCGUGUGAUGACGCCAUAACGCGUUAUUACUACAAUACAAUCACCCAACAGUGUGAGGAAUUCAGUUAUAGCGGUUGUGCAGGAAAUUUAAACAGGUUUAAAUCCCUAAUAGAAUGCAGGAAAACAUGCUUCAGGAUACCAAAAAUUCCCCAGAUUUGUCGUUAUCAAAAGGAUGAGGGGCCCUGUCGUGCCAUCUUUAAGAACUACUUCUUCAAUAUGACCUCAAUGCAGUGUGAACCUUUCGACUUUGGUGGAUGCCAUGGCAAUGCAAACAACUUUGAAAACAUUCAGGCAUGUGUGGAAUAUUGCAUUCCUCCAAAAAUCCCUGUCAUUUGUCAAGACUUUUUGGACCCAGGGAAGUGCUCAGCUUCCAUACCGAGGUAUUACUACAACUCUGCCACAAAGACAUGCCAGGAGUUCAUAUACAAGGGAUGUGGAAGAAGCAGCAACAACUUCAAGUCCAAACAAGACUGCAUGGAUGUGUGCGGUAUCACUGGGGCUAAACAUUGGAAAAAACCAAUGAUAAGAGUUCAUAAAAAGUACAUAAAACGCACAAUGCAUCAGCCCAAAAGGGUGCAACAGGCCAAAUAAUUGUUCAUGAAGUCAUGUGCCACAUAUUUGACAAAGAUUCUUGCACUUAUUUUACAGUAGUUUAUAGAAGUUGAGGUUAUUCAAACAGGCAGUAUGUUCUCAACAAAAUAGGCAUCUGUGUCCAUUAUUAUUUGAUCACUCUGUGUACAUAUGAUAUUAAAUGUUCUUAGUUAAUCAUUUUUGUUUUAUAUUUCCAUGGAUUUUGCACAUGUGCAUUUUUUUGCAUUAUUAAAAAAGUAUUUGUCUUACACUGUUUUUUUAAAGUGAUAUAGCAUAAUGUUACUGACAUUGCAUUUCAGAUAGCUCAUUUGAGCUCUUUCUUUAACCAGAAUGCUUGAUUAACUAAGGCUGGCAGCUGCUAUCAUCUCAAGUCUAGCAGAAGUAACAUGACAGUCAUUUCAAAAUGCUAGUGACACUUAAAGUGACAAGGACAAGAAUGAAAAAUGAUUGUGCUGUGUUCAAUCUUUGGUGACUUUAUGGCUGGUCGCGCUUAAGCAAUAUUGUCUGUUAGAGUGAGUUACAUGGUUUAUCAUGCAGCUCUCACUGACCUUGGGUGACAUUUUUAUAUAGAUUUUAUGUAAAUACAAAUUCCAUUCUUAAAUAAAUGUGUGGAAUUAUGUUAUUCUUUUGUAUUAAUAAACAGAACAUGACCCAUUUCAAUGUACACCUACUUCUGGCUUUAAAUUACCCAGAAUUAACAAGCAUUUGCGAGUCUUUAAUUUGUAUAAAUCUUUUUUGUAACAUUUUUAGAUGUAUUAAUGAUCACUACCAAUUCAUGUUUUAAAUCUUGAUUCAGAAUAAUAUAUAUAUAAAAUUUGAUCUGUCACGUGCAAACACACCAUUAAACACACAUCAGUAUGAACUAACAUUACCAUCAUCACAUUAAAUUAUAGCUGCAGGAUAUCUUUAUUUGAUCUCGCAAUUUUUGACCUAAUAUUGACCUUAAGGCAUGCCAGUCUAUUGCAUACUGUGGCAAAUCAAAAACAAACACAAAGACAAUGUUUCAUUUAACGAAACAAAUAGCUUUCAACUGUGUUUGAUAAAAUUGCAAGUGAUUUUCUAGAACCAAAUUAGCAUUUUAGGAUGAUUACUCAAGGAUAUGGUGCUGGAGUGAUGGCUGUUGGAAAUAGGGCCUGUCUAGAUUUGUAUAAAAAAAUGACUUUUUUCAAAUAGUGAUGGUGCUGUUUUUUACAUCAGUAAUGUCCUGACUAUACUUUGUGAUCAGUUCAAUGACACUUUGGUGAAAUAAAGUACCAAUUUCCUUUCGAAACAGCAAAAUCUGUACAUUAUUCCAAACUUUCUGAGAUAUAUACUGUAUGUCUAGCUAAUGUGUAAUUCAAGUGUAGCUCAGUAUGUGUUUGACAACCAGUUGCAUCUCAUGACAUUUCAGUACGGAAGUAAUAAAUACUGUUCUUUAUUUUUUGCAUCAUCUCUUUGAUAUAUAAAAAAGAAAACAUUAAAAUAUAUCAGAUUCUAUUCUAUUAUUUUCUGAACUGCCUUGAAAAUCUUUUGAAAAUUAGCAUUUUUUUGAUCCAUUUCUGUAUAGAUAUUAAUGCUUGGUCACAAAAGACCUGAGAAUGUAAUGUUUGGUGAAACAGCCAUGCAUUCAAGGGUUAAAAUGUACUAACAUUUCCAUUUGCACAUCCAUUCGUAGCCACUAAAAUGCAGUGGCACCAUCAUCAAAU